CUGAGCCGAAGACAGCGCUUAACCGACUGAGCCACCCGGGCAUCCCUGAAAGGGGGGAUCCUUGACGGCUUGGGUUCUAGGGAGCCCUAGAGGAGAUACGGGACUUGAGCUGGACAGGGAUCAGGGGAAUGAGGAGGCAUCCGGAGGAAGUAACUGGAGCAUGGCAAUACUUGGGAAGGAAAAUCAGGUCCAGCACUGAUAAAUUCCCCCAUCUUGGGGCCAGAUCUGAGAUCGAAACUCAUUGGCAUGAUUUGGGGUCUGGUGUUCUUUCCACCAUGCCUCACCGGGGAGGGGCCAGAAGGAGAGGGAGGUGUGUGUAGAAGUGCCAGGCUCCAGUGGCUGUGCUUUGUGGAUAUUUGCCCUUUUCUGCAUAGUUUCGACCUGCUCAAGGUUCCGCAACAUGGCUUCUUCCUCCAGGAACCCCUGGGAGAGCUGAUCAUGCCCUACACCUUAGGCCCGCAACUCUAGGGACUUAUGUCUUAGCACUGCCAAAGGGGGCUGCAGGCAUUAUCUCCACAUCCCCAGCACCUUCACGGUGGGCUUGCCCGCAAUUGGAUCUCAGCGAGUGUUGGAUGGGUGGGUGGGUGAGUGAGUGAGCGAGUUAGUUUUAGAGCUCUUUGACAUUCCUUUGGGGGAGCUUAGGUUGCAUGCACUGAGGCAUACUUCCUCCAAGGGUGGGCAAACUAGGACUCUUUAAUAAAAGAGUCCUUUUUUGAAACCCCUUGCACCCUGCUCACUACUGAGUGACUGGGGUUUUGAGAACACAUUUCCAUAGGGCUGGCUCUGGCUCAGAGCCCUCUGAUGAUAAAUAGAACUGGUCACAGACCGUAGGAUAUCAGGGCUGAAAGGGCCCGAGAGACCCUUGAAUUCGAGACCUUAGAGGUGGGACAUCGCAGAGCUAGGACCAGCAUCCUGCUCCUACUCUCAGCCCGAGGUUCUGCUCAUCGGUAGGUCUGUCCAGACCCUCCAUCCCCUGCCUCUUUUCUGUGUGCUUGCACCUCCUAAGGGAGGCCAGUCUGCAGGAAGGGGGCAAGGGUUGGCUGUGCAGGAUGGGGAGAGCUGCCCGGCCUGGCUGACUGGCAAAGUUCAAAUUCACUAGGAGGGAGGCUGUUCAGGUUUCACUUCACAGGGGCGGUAGGAACUGAGAAGGCAGCAGGGGGAGAGAACUUUCCAGCAGCCUGGAGGCUGUGCCAAGCUCCCCAUUCUCCUGCCCACCCUGGACCAAGGGAUUUCUUGGUACCGCUACCCCACUUUGUAGGGAACCCUUUAUUGUGGCCCAAGUAGAGAAAGAAUUUACCAAUUUCUGCCCGGAAAUUGGAGUCCAGUUCUGGGAGGGAGUAGGGAAGAGGGCAACUCUGCCCUCAGAUGUCUUGGUUACUUGGCUCGGUUUCAGGGGGCCACUAACCCCUGGCACUCUGUUGUACUUCAGCAGUGUGUUGGCAGGUGGAGGAUGGGGUAAGUGCACCUGGGGAGCCCUUCUCUACCUGGUUCCCCGGGGCCUCUCUAUCAUAGAAGGCUAUGAAACCCCCCUCCCCAGUGCCAUGUGGCCUUGGCAGUGAGCACUUAGUAGGCACCUGUCCAGGGAGAGCACUGUACCUGAGGCUGGGGGAGGGAGUGGGGUGGGGGGGCAGGUGGGUGUGAGAUCACUUAGCUGUACGGUUGUAAAGAACCUUAGACGGUAUGUAGGCUAGUUCUCAUCUUACAUGUGUGAGUCCAUGGUAGGGGUGUGUGUGUGCGUGUGCGUGUGUAAAACGGCUUGUCCAGGCUCCACAGCAGCAAAAGCCACUGGAACUGGACUGGACUGUCCUGGUUCCCAGUUCAGAGCACUUGGCAGCAUUUUUGAACGGUUGGAAUUGGAGAGAGAGGUAUGUCAGGUAUCCAGCUCACGCCAGAUACCUUCUGGACAGUUAACGGGUGUCAGCCACUAUGAUUCCUGUCCCUGGGGGUGGGACCCGCCGUUGUCUCAGAACCGUGGGAGGUAGAUUCCACCCUCCACUGGGUGCCUCAGCCCCUGGGCAGGUCCCCGCAGUGACCUCUCCUCACCUGUUGGGGCCAGCACCUGGGGAAGCAUUUACAUUCCUGGCAUUCCUCUUGCCUCCGGGGGCGGGGCGCCAAAGGGGCGAGAGUGCUGGUGUGGGCGGCUCGAGGGUGUGGGGAAUGCUACCGGAGAAGAAAGGCCGCUAGCCGCCCCCCUCUAAUCUCUGCUGCUGCUGUUUGGGAUGGAGAGAGCCCUCUGCCAGAAAGGAAGUCUGGGAGGUCACCGCCCGGAGUCAGAUGUGUGUCACUAUGGGAUUGCCAGGUGACCCCUUGGGAAGGUGCUUCACCUCCACUUAGGCCGGCCAAGAAGCUGGGCUGGAGCUCUCAGACAGGGCAACAAAAGCAACUUUCCUCCAAGCCACUGCCACCUGUUGGGUUUUCACACAUUGGGGGAUCCCAGGGAUGAGCUAUGUCCCCACCGAGGCAGCCCGCGACCACCAGCGUUUAGCGCGGGCUGAGGAGCCCGACCUGCACGGGAGGCUGGCAGACAUGGGCUCCCAGCCGAGGCUGGGGCGGUUGGUGGCGGCGAGGAGGAGAGGCCCGGGCGUCCGGAGCGGGGCUGAGCAUCGGCAGCUGUGGAGCGAGUGAGGCCCGCCAUGGCGCAGAGGCUGUGGGCCGGCCGCCUGCUGCGGCAUCGGAAAGCCCAGCUGCUGCUGGUCAACCUGCUGACCUUCGGCCUGGAGGUGUGCCUGGCCGCCGGCAUCACGUACGUGCCGCCCUUGCUGCUGGAAGUGGGGGUCGAGGAGAAGUUCAUGACCAUGGUGCUGGGCAUCGGUCCAGUGCUGGGCCUCGUCUCGGUCCCACUCCUAGGCUCGGCCAGUGACCACUGGCGUGGGCGCUAUGGUCGCCGAAGGCCCUUCAUCUGGGCCCUGUCCCUGGGCGUCCUGCUGAGCCUCUUCCUCAUCCCGAGGGCCGGCUGGCUGGCGGGGCUGCUGUGCCCGGACACCAGGCCCCUGGAGCUGGCCCUGCUGAUCCUGGGGGUGGGGCUGCUGGACUUCUGCGGCCAGGUUUGCUUCACCCCGCUGGAGGCCCUGCUCUCUGACCUCUUCCGGGACCCAGACCACUGUCGCCAGGCCUUCUCCGUCUAUGCCUUCAUGAUCAGCCUCGGGGGCUGCCUGGGCUACCUCCUGCCUGCAAUCGACUGGGACGCCAGUGCCCUGGCCCCCUACCUGGGCACCCAGGAAGAGUGCCUCUUUGGCCUGCUCACCCUCAUCUUCCUCACCUGUGUGGCGGCCACACUGUUCGUGGCCGAGGAGGCAGUGCUGGGUCCGGCCGAGGUGGCGGAAGGGCUGGUGGUCCCCUCGGGGCCACACUGCUGGCCGUGCCGCACCCGCCUGGCUUUCCGGAACCUGGGCGCCCUCUUUCCCCGGCUGCACCAGCUCUGCUGCCGUGUGCCUCGCACCCUGCGCAGACUCUUCGUGGCCGAGCUGUGCAGCUGGAUGGCGUUCAUGACCUUCACGCUCUUCUACACGGACUUUGUAGGCGAGGGGCUGUACCAGGGGGUGCCCCGGGCCGAGCCGGGCACCGAGGCCCGGAGACACUAUGAUGAAGGGGUCCGGAUGGGCAGCCUGGGGCUCUUCCUGCAGUGCGCCAUCUCCCUGCUCUUCUCUCUGGUCAUGGACCGGCUGGUGCAGCGAUUCGGCACCCGGGCCGUCUACCUGGCCAGCGUGGCGGCCUUCCCUGUUGCUGCCGGCACCAUGUGCCUGUCGCGCAGCGUGGCCGUGGUGACCGCGUCGGCCGCCCUCACCGGCUUCACCUUCUCGGCCCUGCAGAUCCUGCCCUACACGCUAGCCUCCCUCUACCACCGCGAGAAGCAGGUUUUCCUGCCCAAAUACCGAGGAGAUGCCGGGAGCAGUACCGGCGCGGACAGCCUGACGCCCAGCUUUCCACCGGGCCCCAAGACCGGAUCCCCCUUCCCCAACGGACACAUGGGGGCUGGAGGUAGCAGCCUCCUCCCUUCUCCUCCUGUGCUGUGUGGGGCCCCCACCUGCGACAGCUCCAUACGUGUGGUGGUGGGCGAGCCGCCUGAGGCCAGGGUCAUUCCGGGCCGGGGCAUCUGCCUGGACCUCGCCAUCCUGGACAGUGCCUUCCUGCUGUCCCAGGUGGCCCCGUCCCUGUUUAUGGGCUCCAUUGUUCAGCUCAGCCAGUCUGUCACUGCCUACAUGGUGUCGGCCGCGGGCCUUGGUUUGGUGGCCAUUUAUUUUGCUACACAGGUGGUAUUUGAUAAGAGCGACUUGGCCAAAUACUCGGUGUAGAGUCCUUUCUGGCCCACUGAGGGAGGGUCGCAGGCCCUCCCCCACCCCCUCUCCGGCUCAGGGGCCUCCCAGCCUUCCAGUUUCUGUUGCUGCCAAAGUGGUGUGGCUCUCUGCUGCCACCGCGUGGUGGUGAGGUGCAGAGCUGCGCAGGUCGGGGCCUGGGGCUUCUCUCUCUCUCUCUCUCUCUCUCUCUCUCUCUCUCUCUCUCUCUCUCCAGUCUUCAGGGCUGGCUGACUGUUGGUCCAGACAGGCUUCAGUCUGGACUUCUACAGGGAGGCCAGAAGGGUAGGGCAUUUCAUUAGCUCCAUGCACUGGAAUGCAGGACGCUGCAGGGGGAUUACCCAGGCAGGGUUAACAGCUAGUGUCCUGGUCAAGACUUAGCCAGAGAAGGGAUUUGGAGAGCGAGUAACCUCAACCAUCUGGUGUCUCACCUCCAAGCCCCCUUAUCCUAUAGAUUCCCUCCAUGUUGCUCUUGCAUGGAAGUUUCUAGUGUGAAACUCCGCAGGAUUUGAGAAUAUGAAAGUUAUUUGUGGGUAAGAGUCCGGUGGAGAGAGAGGAAGCCCCCUGGCCGCAUAGCAGCACAGCACCGCCUUUCUCCCAUCCCCCCACAACUACGUUUUAGCAGGACAUGGCUUGUUGGCCACUGUGUUGCCAUCAUAGGGACACAGGCCUUUAAAUAUUUAACUUAUUUAUUUAACUAAGUAGAGGGGUAUCAAUUCCCAGCUCUGCCAUCUCGGUGUCUAAGAGGUGAGAUCCCCGGUGGGCCCCGGGAGAUGGCUGGUUUAUUGGGCUGAGCAGUGCCAGAAUCGUCUUCCCUUGGGUGAUUGGUCUGGUCCCAAAACUGCCUAACCGAGGAGCUUGGAAGCUCUGCUUACCCAGCUGAUAUCCCAAAUCCUGUUACCCAAGGCGGGGGGAGCUGGGGGUAAGUGGAGGGUGGGGCUCCAGGUCUCAGCAGCCUCCCUAGCCUCCCCUCCUCUCUUCGCCCAGCCUGCCCCCCACCCCCACUCCCCUCUGCUCUCUCUAAGGGCAGGGCUGAUGAAGGAGCUGCCCACCCCCCACCUUUCCCUACCUGGCUCCACAGGGAGACUGGGGCUGUUGCAGGACCAGAAAGAAGCACGGAAUGUGGCUCCUUGAGCUCUUAUCCGUCUCCGCCCCCAGGGCAUACCUGUGCUUGGGGAAUCUCGCACAGAAACUCAGGAGUACCCCCUGCCUGGGCUAAGGAAGUCUUAUCUCUGGGGGGUUUAAGUGCCGUUUGCAAUAAUGUUAUGUCUUAUUUAUUUAGUGGAGUAAAUAUUUUAUACUGUAUGUGAGCAAUCAGAGUAUAAUGUUUAUGGUGAUGAAAUUAAAGGCUUCUUAUAUGUUU